AUGAGACAAAUGUGCAGGUUUGUGGUGGAAGGCACGGGGCGGAUCGUAGCCACGGGGCAGCUGGUGCAGGGCUUCAACACGCAGUUCCGGCAGCAAAUAGCAGCAGGAGAUUUGCUGCUGCUGCAGCACCCGCUGACUUUGCUGCAGGAGGAAGUCUUGGUGGAAAGUGUGGGGUCGGACCGCACGCUGUACAUACAGCCCAGCUUCUCGAAGGACUUCAUUUCCACCACUGAGUUCAAGAUCAAGAAGACCGCUGCUGCUGCUGCUGCUGCUGCUGCUGCUGCGGGGGGGGCGCAGCAGGCGGCGGACCCCGCUGCUGCUGCUGCUGCUGCUGCUGCAGCGCAGCAGCAGCAGCUGCAGCGCAGGAUCGAGAAGGCCAAGCGAGUUGCUGCAGUCCGCGAAAAGAAAGGAAUGUGGGGCUACACUGUGAAGCAAAUCAAAGCCAAGGGGCCCCUCACAGCAGAAGAGAAGCUGGACCUCAGGUGCAAGCAAGGCAGAGACAAGUUCUGCUGGUAG